AUGGGUUGCUUGGUUUCGAAGCCCGCGGAGGUCGAUAAGGAGGCUAUUCAGCGCAAUCAACGCAUAGAACGGGGGAUCAAAAAUGACAAGAAGACGCUUGAUCGCACGAUCAAGAUUUUGCUAUUAGGAGCCGGAGAGUCUGGAAAGUCCACGAUCAUCAAGCAAAUGCGAAUCAUUCACAGUCGAGGUUUCCCCGAGGAAGAACGUCAUCAAACCCGAGCUAUUAUCUACUCAAAUAUCGUCAUUGCCUUCAAGGUCUUGUUGGAUAUUAUGAAUGCCGAGGGUAUUGACUUCGUCGAUGAACCAACUACCAGGCCACUUGCAGAUUUAUUAGACAAUACAGACCCAGAUGUAGGAUCUGAUGAAGCUUUCUCAGAUCUGAAGGUCCGCGAUGCUAUGAGAGCCAUGUGGCAAGAUGAGGGUGUUCAGAAGGCCGUUGCGCGGGGGCAUGAAUUUGCUCUCCACGACAACUUAUGCUAUUUCUUCGAUUCCUUGGACCGCAUAUUCGCACCGGGCUGGCUUCCCGAUAAUCAGGACAUGCUGCAAGCUCGACUUCGGACAACGGGAAUUACAGAAACUCUUUUCGAGCUUGGACAAAUGAACUUCCGUAUGAUGGACGUUGGGGGUCAACGAUCAGAGCGAAAAAAGUGGAUUCACUGUUUCGAGGGUGUUCAGUGUCUGUUAUUCAUGGUCGCUUUAUCAGGAUACGACCAAUGUCUGGUAGAAGACCAGAACGCUAAUCAAAUGCAUGAAGCUAUGAUGCUAUUUGAAUCUCUAGUGAACGGUGAAUGGUUCAAGCGCAAACCCAUCAUUCUCUUCCUCAACAAGAUCGACCUGUUUAAAGGAAAACUCGCCAUCUCUAAUAUCUCAAAACACUUCCCCGACUACGCCGGCUCCAACACAGACUACGACUCCGCAGCACAAUACUUUGCCGAGCGAUUCCGUGGCAUCAACCGCAUUCCAGACCGAGAGAUUUAUAUCCAUUACACCAACGCAACUGAUACAACAUUGCUAAAAGCAACCAUGGAUUCGGUACAGGACAUGAUCAUACAGAAGAAUCUGCAUACCUUAAUACUAUAA